AGGAGGAGGAGAGUGUCUUGGACACUAGGGCAGGCAGUCGAAGACAAAGUAGAUGCAGUUUUUCUUCUUUGAAAGUGACCCCCCACAAGCUCUCACGUUUCAUAAACUAAGCCAAAACAUAUGUAGAUAGAUACAUAUACAUAGUAGUAGAAUUUCUUUUUUUUUUUUUCUCUUUCUUUAAUCAAGUGGGAAUCUUUAUCAUCAGUUUAGCCUUUGUAUUUAAAUCAACUUUAGAUUAGAUAAGACUGGUAGUUGAGUCAUUUCAUUUGUCUUAUCUGGCCUUUUAUUCGUCAACAUUGCAGGUACUUAGAUAACUAUAUCAAAUUUCAUGCUAUAAUACAUUGUCACUAUCAUCCGAAUAGUUAAUUGAUGGGGUCUGAAGGGCCAGCAGCAGUAACCAUCCAUGUGACUGGUUUUAAGAAAUUUCAUGGAGUUUCAGAGAAUCCAACUGAAACAAUUGUUAAUAAUUUAAAAGAGUAUACAAAAAAGAAAGGUUUACCAAAAGGUGUUAUUCUCAGCAGUUGCAGUGUUCUUGAGACUGCAGGAAAGGGAGCACUCACUCCACUAUAUCAGACAUUGCAAUCUGCCUCAACCAGGAAGGAUUCUGAUUCUUCAAGUUCUGGGAGAAUUAUUUGGCUACAUUUUGGAGUCAAUAGUGGUGCAAGUAGAUUUGCUAUUGAGCAUCAAGCUGUGAAUGAAGCUACUUUUCGUUGCCCUGAUGAGAUGGGAUGGAAACCUCAGAAAGAACCCAUUAUUCCCGCAGAUGGUGGGAUUUCUCGUGUACGAGAGACUUCUCUUCCUGUUGAGGAGAUUACAAAGGCCUUAGCAAAGAAGGGAUUUGAGGUGAUGACCUCUGAUGAUGCAGGACGGUUUGUGUGCAAUUAUGUUUACUAUCACUCCCUUCGCUUUGCAGAGCAGAAUGGGACCAAAUCACUCUUUGUGCAUGUCCCUCUUUUCUUGACCAUAGAUGAGGAGACCCAAAUGAAAUUUGCUACUUCCUUGUUGGAGGUACUUGCUUCUUUAUGUCAGUAACAUACAGUGCACACUCGUCUUUAUGUCCAGGAAUUGAUAUGAUUGUACUGUUGUUGCGUGUUGACCAUGUACGUGAGGGUGGAUGGAAGGAUGCAUGUUCAUUGAAAUGCUUUAAUAAAAGGAUUAGCUUAUGUGAAUGAAAAAAAUGUAUUUCCGCACGUACAUCUUAUGUAUUUCUUUUGUUUCUCUAAAUACUUCCUCUGGUGCUUGAAAAUUUCUCAGAAUCUUCGUGUUAAUAUGUGAAUAAAUUCCUGUUUGUUUCCAUUA